AUGUUUCAUGAUCCCGGGUGUGUUACGCGCCAAUUUGAUGCUAUUCAUCUUAAAGAAGAACCACUCAAAUGCAACUGGUGUGAAGUAGGCUUGCUACAUCGAAUGGCGUUCCAGCGCCAUGCUUCUGAUAUGCAUCGCGCCUGCCAUGAAUCAACGAAGCCAUUGACUCGGUAUCCGUUUACUUCCAAUUUGGAAUGGAAUCGCAUUUGCCGUAUCCAGCGAGAAUAUAGACGAAAGAAGUUCCAUACGAAUCCCGCGCGCGAGGAGAACGAGCACGAGCAGCGGAAAAUGAAGCAGUUGACAGCAUCUGUCAGCAAAAAUACCCUCUAG